AUGGAGCCAUCUAUUGCCAACCAGCAUGACAUCAGAGACCUCACCAGCUCUGAUGAAGACUUUGAGAAAAUAUGGCAAAUGUGGCAAGCCAUCUUCCCAAAAUGGCAGAUUGAGCGACAGCGAAUGGAGAAGAUUCUUCACCUACUCCCUGGUCAACAUUACAUCCAUGAAAAAGGAUUCUGUCUAUCCUUUUUGGCUGACGGAGCCGGCAAAAUCGCUGCUGUUGGCGUCAUGCCCGAAUAUCGAGGCAAAGGACUCGGCACUGCUUUUAUAGAAAAGGCAAAGGCCGGGUUGAUAAACCUGGCUCGUGCUAAUGGAGAACGUGAACUAAAAUCUUUGGGAAUUGGAUCUGAGACCCCUCGAUUCUGGCCCCGGAUGCCGAUGGACUUCCCACCAGAAGUUAAAAACUUCUUCCUCCACAGAGGUUUCCAUAAAUCUCCAGAAUCAACUGUUCGGGAUCUCUACAAAGACCUCCACGGCGCUGUCGCGCCACCUGAAGUCCUGGAGCGAGUCUCCAAGAUGAACAUAAGAUUCUCUCCAUGGUCGCCAGAGUUAUACGAAGAAUGCAUGGCCAAGCAGAAAGCCCUCUUUAGCUGGGGUAGAGCGUAUGAAGCUCUUGCAGCCUACAACCAACACCAUGAAGUAAUGGUGGCAUUCGACCCUGAUACAAACGCGCAGAUCGGAUGGACACUGAUGUGUUCUCACACCUCAAUCGUCUGCGACACCUAUGCCUUCUUGCCUCUGGUGCCAUCGAAGGAGAAGACGGGGUUGAUUGCCGCCGUUGGUGUGGAUGAGAGCGCAAGAGGGAAAGGUGUCGGGUUGGCAUUGAUAGUGAAAGCGAUGGAGAACAUGCAGGAGAGGGGGAUUGAGGGCAUCCUCAUUGAUUUCGUCGCGAUACGGGGCUUUUACGAGCAACUAGGAUUCAAGACUUGGUGGGAAUAUGAGGGGUAUACUUGCUGA